ACGUAAUCUCGACAAAAGAUUUAUUUAUUUGUUUAUUUAUUUAUUUAUUUGUUUUAAAUUCAUAGGGUGCAUUGCCUUACUUUUUACUUUACAAUUCCAUGGUUUUACCUUUUUUACAAUAAAUUUCGUCGCUAGUCCGGAACGCUCCAACCUCGCCGUAACACUGAAUCCAAUGCACUCUCAACACGCAAGCUGGGCUGCGAGGCGAUCCGCCUGCCAACUCCCGCAAACGCGACACAACACAUGGGACCCACCAAAGUUUUGCGCCGGCGCUGCGUUUGGCAUUCUUUAGUUAAACGUGAACGUAGUCCAAACCUCACCUCCGCCUUCAUGUUCUCAGACGCGCAGCGCCGACACGACUACACAUUUGUCCAUCAAAGCUAUGCCAUCACGAUCGAAUCCAAUUGCGGUUGCGCAGUCGCAGCCGCCCGGCGAUUCGUCGCCGGCCUUGCACCGUCUGCGCAACAUGUGGCAAUUCGCCAACCUAUGCCAGUGGAUUUACAUGUUUGGUAAAGUCGCCAAGAUAGAUGAGUCCAUUGAAAUUGAGGACCUCGAAAUGGAAUGCCUCAAGCCAAGCUCGCCAGUGUUGACAGACCUCGCACUCGCUUUACUCAAACUUGUAUCGCAGCACCGCGGCCUCACGUUCGUUUUGAUUUCCACCUCCCGGUCCACGAUAUAAGUCACUUACAUUGAGAUUUAAUACUAGAACCGACAUUCUUGACGAUCAAUUGCGAAAACAAUACCUUUAUCACCUCCCCGAUAACAACCCAUUGGGCUCCGUUGAAGAAGACACUGCCCAGUCUUUUGUAGAUCUGGACUCGUUCCAAAAGAUCAUUAUCCUGCAACAAUUAACCCAGUGGGCGAUGGCUUACCCAGAGAAACUCAGAGACAAGAUGGAAGAACAAAAAGAUCAAGACCAGGCUACAUGGCGUAUAGAACCUUAUGGAUGGGAUGGAGAAGAUCGUACAUAUUUUGUGCUAGACGACAAUCGCGUAUAUCGGUUAUCGGACGCUCCCGAGCCUCCAGCUCCUAUUAAACCAGUGAAGAAGCGCAAAUCAUAUGCAAGCGGUCGGCGUUUAAGCAAACGAAGAAGAACUAUCGACGCUGACGAAGGCCCUGAUGUCGAGGAUGGCCUGGAGCAUACUGAGAGCCAGGCAGCCGUUCCGGAAGAAGCCGCAGAUGCUUCCCUUGGGGGAAUGAAGUGGGAAUGCGUGGCAAUCACACUUCCUGACGUGCAGACUCUUAUAAACGGUUUCCGUAAGACACGCGACGGGAACGAAAAAGUCUUGCGACAGCAACUAGAAGACCACCUGCUUCCCAUAUUAGAGAAACAGGAGGAAAGCCGCAAGAGAAAAGAAAUUCAGAGGGAACGUGAGCUAUUGAAUCUUGCGAAAAUGGCAACAGCGAAACGUUCGAGUCGACUAGCGAAUAAGGCGGAGGUAAAGAAGCAGGAAGAGCACGAACGAGAGGAAGAAGAAAAGCAGAAACUAGAUGCUCUGUUUAGGAAAAAGCAGGAGCAGGAGCAGCGCAAGCUGGAGAAACAGCGUGAUGAACGACUUUUUGCAAGAGAAAGAAGACUUAAGGAACGAGAAACACGCCGCAAGCGGCAUCAGGAAGAGCUUGCUCAACUCUCUGGAGACGGUGUUUUGCCAAUGGAUGGAAGUAUGAGAAUGUCAGAACGAUGUCUUCAUGCCGAGAUCGAACGAAACAAACAGGCACUCGAGCAACUAGAUGAAGAGGAAGAAGAUUGGACAUUUGAUUGCGUGUGCGGUUUAUACGGUCAAGUUGACGAUGGUGCUCACAGUGUGGCAUGUGAACGAUGCAAUAUUUGGCAGCACAGCCAAUGCAUUGGUAUUACGGAGAUGGAGGCAGAAGAUGCCGCUUUCCACUUCAUAUGUGCCAACUGCAAACGUCGCCUAGAAACACCUCGCAAAACUAUCAAAAUCAAGGUCAGAUCCUCUGCAGGCAAGGACAAAGACGACCAAACUCCACGCGGCUCAACAGCCUCGCCCGAGUCGAGAAGAGGACUAGUAGAAACAAACCCGCCCUCUACUAAGCCAUUGACACUACUGGAAACCGAAUUAGCCUCGAAGCCGACUCAACUUACUACAACAGUUAUCGACAUACCGAAAGUUAAUCAGCCCCCAACAUCAAACCAGCCCCAAGUCGUGCAGCCAACCCUAUCCAACACACAACCCAAAAGCCAGACACCGACCACACAAACACCUCUGGGACCUGUUAUUCGAAGUGUGCCUGAGGCGACUGAGAAGGAGCGAGAAAUCGCGAUCCCUGUUGUUAGUGCUAGGGAACCCAGUAGCACAGUCGCGAUCGAUAUUAAUACCGGUAUGAUGCCGGAAACAACACAAUUAUACACUUUGGGGAAACGACAACCAUCGCCUUCCAAUACUCCCGCCGACUUCCUGGCCAAUAACCAGCCGAUAACAUUGUCCAAUACUACAAUCCCAACUCAGAAACCCAGCACUGUACUGCCUCCGUACGUUACAAAUGCGCCCGCACCAGUCGCGCCCGUUGCGCCCCGUGCGGAUAACCAUUUACCACUUCCAAUGCAACAAUUACUUGCACCGAAAUCAUCUCCACCCUCAGUUAGCUCGGCACCAUCCCAAGACGCUGCGAUGCCCGCACGAGAGCCACACAUGGCACAGCCACCACCUGUGAUACAGCACACCCACUCAAAUAUGUCGCCCCCGAUCCCACCAAAUCCUUCAAUUGAGUCUACGCACUAGUAAAUACCAGGAUCGUUGAGUAUCAGAUGUCAAGGCUCAUGACAUAAAAACAAUGCAGCAGGCGGAUUAGACUUCAAAUACAACAAAACAGCCUGGGUGUCCAUUCAUGCGGUUUUCUUGUGUAUUUUCGUGUAUUAUAGUAACUUAAACAAUAUAUAAUGUGUCUUGAUUCUUG